GAGGGAUAUUUAUGUAAAUCUGAUUUUCGAAAACCAAAGGGGUGACUUGCGUCGCGCUACUAAAAGAAUCCAACUGCUCCCUGGAUUCUUUCGUCGAACAGAGGCUGAAGGUUUCUGAGAAUUGAUUUCUUCUUUCUUUCUCCUCCGCUGCAACAGAAUAGAAACUAGCCUGGGAACAAGCUCAGAGAUGGUGAUGAUUCGAGAAAGGGUUGCAAGAUUGUUCUUUUGAUUAGCCAAUCGAAGAUCAUUGGCGUUUGUUCUCUCGCUCCUGAUUCAGGAAUUUGAGAUUGCUUUCUUGUUCCUGUGAAAGAGUCAUAUAUCCCUAGUUCCAUUGUGAACUGUAGAGUUUCAUUCAUGGGUUCAUUAGAGGAGACGAGAACUGAAACAAGUAGCUCUAAACCCUACGGAAUUCGCUUCUUAGAAUAUGUCAAAAACUCCACUCUCACAUACAGAACAUACCAAGCCAUUGUCCUAAUUGUAACAUUUGUUGCAUACGCAAGCUAUCAUGCCACCCGAAAAACCACAAGCAUCGUCAAAAGCGCCCUUGAUCCUGAGACAACUGAAUUGAGCUUCUCCCCAUGGUCCAGAACUCACUUGCUUAGAUCAACCCCUCAGAUGCAAGAGAAACGAGUCCUCAAGAGUGGAUGGGCCCCAUUUGAUGGUUCAGAUGGCACUGCCAUGCUUGGAGAAAUCGACGUGGCCUUCCUCUCUUUCUACUCAAUUGGUAUGUACUUUGCUGGGCAUUUAGGUGACCGGUUGGAUCUAAGAGUCUUCCUCACCAUUGGAAUGGUGGGGACGGGUCUGUUCACUGCACUCUUUGGUGCUGGUUACUGGUUAAACAUCCAUAGUUUCUACUACUUCUUGGUAAUUCAGAUGGUAGCCGGUCUAUUUCAGUCAACCGGAUGGCCGUCAGUGGUUGCAGUAGUCGGGAAAUGGUUCGGUAAGAGGAAGAGGGGAUUGAUAAUGGGAAUUUGGAAUGCCCAUACUUCUAUUGGGAAUAUCUCUGGUUCGCUGAUUGCUUCGGCUUUACUGACGUAUGGGUGGGGUUGGUCUUUUGCCGUUCCUGGUCUCCUUAUUGCCUUUGUUGGGUUGAUGGUGUUUCUUUUCUUGCCUGUUACUCCCGACAGCGUUGGAGUCGACAACGAUGAAGAUGAGUUGUUGAAGUCGCCCAAGAAGAAUGAAAUUACAGAGCCGCUUUUGGGGGGAGACCCGGUGGUUAAGGAUAAAGCAGUGGGGUUCAUUGAAGCAUGGAAGAUUCCCGGCGUCGCCCCUUUUGCUCUAUGCCUGUUCUUCUCCAAAUUGGUGGCUUAUACCUUCCUCUAUUGGCUUCCUUUCUACAUUACCCAUACAAAAAUCGACGGUAAAUAUUUAUCUGAUGCAGCAGCUGGCAAUCUAUCAACCAUGUUUGAUGUUGGGGGUGUGAUUGGUGGUAUUCUUGCUGGUCAUAUCUCUGACCGACUCGACGCCAGAGCCAUAACAGCAGCAAGCUUCAUGUACUGUGCAAUCCCAGCUCUCUUCUUCUACCGGAUAUAUGGAGAAGUCUCCUUGUACGUGAAUGUCGCGCUCAUGAUCGUUGCAGGCAUGUUUGUUAACGGCCCAUAUGCGCUCAUCACGACUGCAGUGUCAGCCGACUUGGGCACUCAUGGCUCGUUGAAUGGGAAUUCACGGGCUUUGGCGACGGUAACAGCAAUCAUUGACGGAACAGGCUCUGUGGGUGCAGCCCUCGGCCCAUUGCUGACAGGCUACAUCUCUGCAAAGAGCUGGACUGGGGUGUUUACAAUGCUGAUGGUGGCAGCACUGAUAGCUGGGUUGCUUUUGACUAGACUAGUAGUGGCUGAGGUGGCGGCGAAGAUUGAGAUGUCAAGGGCGCAAGCCGGAAAUACGAAUUCCCCAAGGCCACCAACAAGUCUUGAAGUGUGACAUGUUUAGGGGGUGCUAUGGAGGGAAUCAUGUUGUUGUUUUGAUUUGGUGAUCUGACUUCAAGGGGGUUUGGAUUGAAAUGGAAACAUACCCUUCUCUCCAUUUAUUUAGAAGAUGGGAGGAGAAGGUUUCCCAGCUGUUUUAUACCUCUACUUGCUUUUGAGUUUGUGAGAGAGGGAAGCUUGAGGGAAUUGUCUGUAUGUACAUUUUUUUGUAAUUUUAUCAGCUGAAGUUUGAAUCAA